AUGCCUACUCCGCAGGCCUCUCUGCAGGCGGCGGUGCCGGAGGUCAUUGUUAUUGAUGGCUGCUACUCGGAUGCAAGCAGCGUCACCCUUGGAAUCGAGCCUGAUGACUCAGAACGCCGAAUCAUUGAUCUCACCCCGGAUAAAGAGAUCAAUGACGGGGACUACUUGACAGACGAGGCCUAUGAGAGAUGGCUUCAGGGAUUAUACAACGAAGCACAGCAGGCUGUGGCAGUGCAGCCAUCCCGGCCUGCAAGGCCGGAGAAGCGUUGCCUGCCGGAGGUGUACCUCAACGGAAUUGUGUACAAGGCAGGACAGUCGAUGGAGCUCACUGAUGGGACCUUCUUGAGGGUCGAGAAGGUCCUAGCAGAUCGCGAAGCUGAGAUCUGGUUUCGGGGAAGACGCCUCCUGAGAACCCAGCACCACAAAGAGGUUUACAUCCCGAAAUGGACAUUUGAGCUCGUCUGGAUUGCGAUGGAGAAAGUGGAUAUCGCGGUGCACAGAGUCAAGAAGUUUGUCUGCAUACACUUCACAAACUACUGCCACAUCGACCAGGACGACAAGAAGCGCAAACAUCCGUGGGACCUUUUCUGUCGCAUUAAAGAACACCACGGAGGCAAGAAGAAUCCCUCAUCCGUGGAGUACUUGACCUACGAAGAGGCAGACGAAGGAUUCCGCUACGACCCGGCCAUGCUACGUUUGAAUUGGCGCGGCCAGACGAAGCCUUUUGGAGCAUUCGAACGUAGCCCAGUCGUGGACCUGGUUGAUGAUGCGGCUCCUCCACGACACGACCCUGAAAUCCAACAGAUGAAGAGUAGCCGUCAAUAUACCUUUGGUGAUGCAUUUUGCGGUGCUGGUGGGAUGUCAUGCGGGGCGCGUGAGGCUGGUCUACGAAUUGAAUGGGCAUGUGACAAUACCCGGCAUGCCGUGGACAGUUACAGGAGCAACUAUGCUGAUGCACUUGUCUGGCAUUCCGACAUUUACAACUUCCUACAUGUCGAUGAUUCCCCGGUGGUGGAUGUCCUUCAUGCAUCCCCGCCGUGCCAAACCUUCUCGCCAGCGCAUACAAUCGUGUCCAAUAAUGAUGACGCCAACAGUGCAUGCAUCUUCUCGUGUUCGAAUUUGCUGCAGAAGUCGAAGCCCAGAGUCAUUACCAUGGAAGAGACGAGUGGUUUAUUCGAGCGUCACAAAGAUACCUUCAAUCGUUUGAUCCUGGAUUUCAUCGAUAUUGGUUAUGCGGUGCGCUGGGGGGUCUUGAACUGUGUCCAAUACGGGGUGCCUCAGCUUAGACGGAGAUUGGUUAUCAUUGCAUCUGGACCAGGAGAUGCGCUGCCUCCAUUCCCCAAGCCUACUCACGGGCUUCCUGGCUCCGGACUUCCGGGGUUCGUUACUAUUCAUCAGGCUAUAUCAGGGAUCCCGCCUGGCGCAUCUCACCACGAUGUUGCGCGAGCGUUGGCUCGUGGACCGAGCCAGGCGCCCCUCGAUGGCAAUGGACAAAUUGGAACCAUUACCUGCGGUGGGGGUGAAUUGAAUACUCAUCCUGAUGGAAAUCGCACGCUUACGAAUAGGGAGUAUGCCUGCUUGCAGACGUUCCCUGUUCUUUAUCACUUUUGCCCACCGAGAGUAAGACAGCAGAUUGGGAAUGCAGUACCUCCGAAGAUGGCGGAGGCGCUUUACAAAGAGAUUAUAAGGGUACUUCAACAGACCGACGAGAGGGAGUCGAGCAAAAUCUCUGCGUAGCUGAUGCUUUGCCAUGGGACCGGCGGUGCUUUUGCUAGUUUUGUUUCCUGCUUUGGUUAUUCGUUUGAUGCAUACCUUUCGAAAUGGGCUCGAACUGUUAGAUCGGUUUCGAGCUAAGGUCUUUCCUUGGGUGAGUGUCGAUUGCAAGUCGCACGACGCUGGGGUUCGCUCGACGCCUGGUCCCCAAUCAUGUUCUUAUUCUCAG